AACAUAACCUUAAAUAUUCACAAGAUAACGAGUGUACGAAUUUAUCGUAUUACGUUGUUGUCUAAAUUAUUAUCCAUCAAAAUAUCAGACUUAUCUUUUUACUAUAUAAUAUCGUAUAAGUUCUAUAUACAGAUUUAUACAUACAUUAAUAAAAACUGUUGAAUUAUAUUUUUCUAAAUUAGUAAUAUAAUGAUAAUAUUAUAUAUAUCUUUAAAUCUAAUAAAAUUGUUAUUGUAACUGGUAACUGAAUAGUAUUAAGGAAAUUUUAAUUAAAAAUACAUCUACAUCAUGGCAAGUAUCAAGGAAUUACCAGAAUUAGAAGUCUUUAAAACAGUAUUAUUCCACUGUAUGGUGAUAAUAGCCUUACCUGUAUUUUCAUUUUUUGCUAGCAAGAUUUUUAUUUUUGAUGGAUUAUUGGGGCUCGAUCAAGUGCCAAGCAACGUGUAUUCAGCUGGAGUUGCAAUCCUUGUCUUACACGUAGCUUUGGGCGCUUUUAUAUAUCGCGCAUACUUCGAUGAUCAAUCGAAGACACAGACGAAACGAGAUUAAUCACUUUUUUUUUUUUUUGUAUUUGAAACACAUAUGUGAUUAAGUACACUUUUUUGAUAACACAUUUAUUCGCGUAUAAUCAUUG